AUGAGGAGUAACUUUGCAUUGUGGGAUGAUUUGAGCUGCUCUCCCAGGGUCCCUGAACUACACACCAGCUGUCCUCUACCUCCUACCUGUUCAGGUACUCUGUCCUCCACCUCCUCUACCUGCUCAGGUACACUGUCCUCUACCUCCUACCUGCUCAGGUACGCUGUCCUCUACCUCCUCUACCUGCUCAGGUACUCUGUCCUCCACCUCCUCUACCUGCUCAGGUACUCUGUCCUCUACCUGCUCAGGUACACUGUCCUCUACCUCCUCUACCUGCUCAGGUACUCUGUCCUCCACCUCCUCUACCUGCUCAGGUACUCUGUCCUCUACCUGCUCAGGUACACUGUCCUCUACCUCCUCUACCUGCUCAGGUACUCUGUCCUCUACCUCCUCUACCUGCUCAGGUACUCUGUCCUCUACCUCCUCUACCUGCUCAGGUACUCUGUCCUCCACCUCCUCUACCUGCUCAGGUACUCUGUCCUCUACCUGCUCAGGUACACUGUCCUCCACCUCCUCUACCUGCUCAGGUACACUGUCCUCUACCUCCUACCUGCUCAGGUACGCUGUCCUCUACCUCCUCAGAUACUCUGUCCUCUACCUGCUCAGGUACUCCGUCCUCUCUGUACUGUCACACUGAUUUCAAAUUAAUCAACAUUAACUGAGGAUAAAUUGAUUGAACGUUUUUUGUUAAUUCAAAUAAAACUCUUAAUGUUGACAGUUUCUGCAGCGACUCUGAGCAGCAGCUUCCUGUUAAUCUCUGUCAGCAGAUUAUUUUCAGUUUGUGAAGAAUCUUAUUGAUUACUGCUGAGUGAGUGUGUGGUCUCCAUGACGACGGCUCUCCAGGCUGUGUCAUUGAUCGGGUAUGACAUCAUCAGCAAUGAGUGAGCAGAUUCUGAAUCAUCUGAAAACAUGAUGAAGACUUUCUGUCAGACACACCUCCAGCUGACCUGAGAGCAGUAAACACACUCACUCUGACCAAUCAUGAUCAAAUAUCUGAUCAGCUUCUGAUCCUCAGUGUUUCCUCCAAACAACCAACACGUCCUGUAUCGACUGCGUCCUUCUCGGAGACACAUCAGGACAUGUUAGUGUUUACACAAUAAAAGAUAUAUGAGGUCCAAUGUGCCCCCGGCCCCUCGCUGAGUGGAGUGAUCAGGUCACAGUGUGGUCAUUCACACUUGUAUUUAGAGCCGUCCACCUGUGAUCUAAUCACCAGAGACAUAUUUUAACAUUUAAAGGAAAAGUUCAAAAGUUUUUACGGGAAAAAUGAAUUUAAGCAUAAAAAUAUUUUCAUUCAUUUCCUGUCAGUUCAUUCAUUGAUUAAUGUCAAGUAAAUGUCACACACAGCACCAUCAGGUGAGUCAGUGAUCAGACAGAGUGUACAGAACAAAAUAGUUUAUUACUUUGUGUGUGUGUGUGUGUGUGUGUGUGUGUGUGUGAGAGAGAGAGAGCUCUCAGCUUGUAGAAAACCAGAGGAAUCAUCUUUGAACAUUUACACUUAAACAGAAACUAAAGUCAUGUCCAUAAAAAAUAGCUUUUCUUUUAAUUAUUUUCCAGUAAAUGACACGUGGAACACGUUAAAACUCUGUCUAAGAAAAAUAAAAGCAGGCCCCGCCCCUUUACAUCAAUAAACCCCUCAGCCAGUCACAGCCGAGGAGGGGCGGGGCCACGCAGGAUCUGACAGCGACGAUAGGCCACGAAACAACACGUCAUCAACACUCCUCCUCCGUCGUACAGAAUAUAUAGAUUUGUAUGUUUAGGUUAUAUUUAUAUACAGAAAAACUGUUAGCUCUUAGAAACCACCUGACAUCAUCCACCUGCGACUCCAUCCUGCUGCAAAGCAUCAUGGGACUGUCAGAAACAUCAAGAGAUCAUGUUUCAAUGAAAAGACACUACAUGGCCAAACGUAUGUGGACAGAACGUCUUCUGUUUAAAAACUGACUUCAUGUUUUUUUGUUUUCAUGUUGAAGCAGGAAGUUAUUUAUCGAUUCUGCACAUCAGUUUUUGUUAUUUUUUUAAAUUUAAACUACUCUUACUGAUAUUGCUUAUUGAUCAGGUACUUUAACAGUACUCUUAUAGACCCUUUUACUGUUGGUAAACAGUAUGAUAUUUUUGGUGGGCGGGGCUUAGCUGGAGGCAAAACAGUUCUCCACAGACAUUAGCUAGCGCUAGCUAACAAGCUGUGUUGUCUUGUUUUAGACGAUGGAGGAAGAUGAUGUGAGUGUUGCGUUCAGAAACACUCAUUGUGAGUGUGGGAGCGCACUCUGACACAAACUGGAGCGUUGAUAAAUUGGGAGCGCUGUCUGAAUGUAGCGUUGGGUUAUCCAGAGCAGCGCACUCUCAGAGUGGCAGAGCGCACUCUGGACACUCUGUCUGUGGAGACGGAGCAGCAGAGCGCCGAGCGCAGUGAAUGUGUGAUUAACUUAACCGUUGGUUCAUUCAUGUAGAAAUAUAACGCUGCGUUUCUUCCACCAACAGGGCUCUCAUUUUAGUGUAGAGCGUCAGACUGAAUUUACCAACGCACCAUGUCAGGUCACUCACUCUCCGCGACCGCCAGUGUUACUUGAAUAAGUAAACACUGACCAACGGACCAGACUGGCCGACCCGUAUGCUCUCACUCAGUGGAUGGAUGAUGUCACAGGAAGCCAAUCUUACAAAGGAGGACCACACUUGUUUGUUUUGCUAUGGAAGCUAACGUUAGCUAAUGUGCUAAAAAGUUAGCGUUGCAGAGAAAUCCAAUCUUCCUCUUAAUCCCUCCCCAGUUUCUGAUGAGGUGGACAUGAUAACCCUUAAUACACAUAACCUUAUUCAUCCCUACAACAGGAAAUACUUUUUCCCUAACCUGAUAUGAAGUGUGCGCUGCACAUGUGAGCAUUUUUGAUGAUGGCCUCCGUCCAGUCCUUUGGUCUUAUCACAUUUAACCAUAGUUGUCUUUGUUUUUGUUGACGGGCAGUGGCGGCUGGUUUUGAGCCAUGACUCCUUCUAUUCUGGCUCCCAAUAACACAACAAGACAAACACAUUUUAACACUCCUAUGGAGCCUACAGCCCUGUGGGGGAGAGGCAGCUGCACCUCCAGGUGGGCCGUCACCAUCAAAGUCGGUUUGUAUAAUAUGAUGU